CUACCGCAGUUGUAACCAUUGUGAGUUUACAGCUAAGAGCUAGCUGGAACCAGCCUCAUAUUGGCGAUAUCCGCAGAGGCACCACCCAAAUGGAUGGGGCAUCGAAAUCGGAGGCAUAAGCGUGGCAUCCUACUGAACCUGGGCGAUAUAAUGCAAGCACAUCCGGAGCGCAAUUGAAGAGACUGCCAUCAGAAGUGUGACCCCAAAGUGUUUGGCCUCUAGGAUCCAUCAAGCGAAUCGGAGGUUUCUCGUUUCUCCCACAUAUUCAGAUACUCCCCGUCGAGUGGGGGACACUUAGCCAGCAUGGAGAUACCCAUUUCGAAUAUACUACUGCUCUGCCUGAUCUUCCUGCUGAUCGGCGGGGUGGUGAUGAUCCUGCUGCAGUACCUCAUCUUCAUCAAGUUCUCCAAUCUGCCGGAUGAGAGCGAGGAGCAGAAGCAGAUGAACGCCAAGUACACCCUGCCAUUGAACAUCAAGCAGACGGCACGGAACCUGAAAAGGCUGUCCAAUUCGGGACUGGGCGGGGGAGCAGCAGGAGCUGGGGGAGCUGGGGGAGCGGGCAAUGGAUGUGAGAACCACCAGGAGAGCCUACGGAGGGCCUCGGCCCUCAUCUCGCUUAACUUCGUCAUGCAGUUCCUCUUCCACGAGUUCAAGAACUCGAACCGGGUGCGGAAGUGGUUCUACCGCAAGCUGUCCAUCGAGCUGGACGAACUGAUUACAAAGACUACCACCGGAAAGCUGCUGGAUAAGCUCACGAUUAAAGAGCUCGAGUUGGGUGACCAGUUUCCCGACAUCCGGUCCCUUUCGGUGCACAAUGUGGAGUUGGACAAGGACGAGCAGCGCAUCGAGAACCUUGAUCUCCUCUUGGACAUCAACUACAUAGGCAACUUUACAACUUCCAUAGACGCGGACAUGGUGCUGGGAAAGAAGGGAUCCAUAACGCUAAGAGUUAAGCAGCUGUCGGGCAUGGCGCGUCUGCAGUUCACGAGGAAGCCCUACACGCACUGGUCAAUUAGCUUCCUGGGUGACCCCGAGCUGAUUCUGGACAUCGAGUCCAAGUACCAGGGCCGCCAGAUGCAGUCGAACAUAACCAACCUGAUCUCGAACCAGAUCCGGAAGGCGGUGCGCCGGAAACACACGUUGCCCAACUACAAGCUGCGCUACAAGCCCUUCUUCCACUGGACAGCCGACGAUGCCGAUGCCGGCGACUGUGACAUCCAGCCGAAUGGACUGCUCACCGUCAAGCUGGCGGAGCUGUCCCGCCUGAUGGCCUAUCCGGGGGCCAGCGAGACGUACUGCACCAUCACCCUGGCCCCGGUGCCCUUCAUCGAGGCCAAUCAGCGGGACAGCCGGAACGUGCUCAUCUCGAUGGACGUGUUCAUCCACAAGGCGAAGAACCAGCAGAUCGGCAUCGUCUUCAAGCAGAGCGGCAGCCAGGUGGUCCGCAUCGAGUCCGUCUUGCCCAAUACACCCGCCUGCAAGUCCAAUCUGCAGGCCGGCGACGUCCUGGUGGCCAUCGAGGGCAGGCCAGUGACCACCAUUCAGCAGAUCGCCAAGGUGGUCAAGACGCUGCAAGCCACUGUUUUCAGUCUGCGGAUUGAACGCAUCAUUCCGGGGAUCAUCCGCAACGAUGCCAUUCUGGAGGACUUUGACAAAUACGACGAUCUCGGCGAUCUUCCCAGUCUGUGUCAGCCCAAGGCGGAUGGCGAAUCCGAAGCUGCACCACCGGCUGAACCAGUUCCGCCCAAGCACCUGGUCGUGAAGCCAAGCUUGAGCGGCACACCCACCAACUCGCCCAAGAAGUCCAAUCUUAUAGCCAAGGCCAUCAAGAAGACCAUGAGUCGAGAUGCCGGCGACAAGGACAAGGACAAGGAUCGGGAUAAGGACAAGGAUAAAGAUAAAGAUCGGGAUAAGGACAAGGACAAGGAUAAGGACAAGGAGAAAGGCAGGGAUGAGACGGAGGAGCCUGUGAACUACUUCUACCAGCACUCCACCAUCGACUCCCCCUUCAGCCCACUCAUCCACAUGGACGACGUGUGCAGCUUCCAGUUGGACAACUCCAGUCGCUUCCUCAACGUCUGCGUCUUCGGCAAAUCAGCCGGCGAGAGUGUCCUCCUGGGGUACAACAACGUCCAGAUCGGUCAGAUCCUGGUCGAGUGCUCCGAAACCAGUCUGAACCAGUGCCUCAAGCAGAUCAGUCUCAAUCCGGCAUCGCUGCAGGCUGUGAAGAUGCAUCCUCUGUCCAAUCAGUCUGGCUUCAAUCCAAAUCUCUGCUUUGGCGACAUCCUGUUUGGUUUCUCCUGGCUGGGUAAUCCCAACUUGACGGUGGGCAAUGGUUCCCUAAAAAGUGGCUCCAGCCCCAAGUCCCAACCUCAGACUAGAAGCGAGCGAGUGGCACCGGAGGAUCAGUCUCACGACUCGGCGUUCCUCAAGGUUGCCAGCACCCCAGGGGAAAGUUCCACGUCCAUCGACUCGUCGAGUGCGACGCCUGGCGUUCCGAGGGCCCACGACUUUGUGCGGACCCACUUCAACCGGGCCACGCAGUGCGAUUUCUGCGGCAAGAAGAUCUGGCUGAAGGACGCCAUGCAGUGCCAGGAGUGCUCCAUGUCGUGCCACAAGAAGUGCAUAGUCAAGUGCCAGAUGGCCACCGUGUGUGGCCCAGUGGACUGUUCCAGCUCCACGGCGACGAUGGCCAGCCGGCCGGAGUUCACCAUUACGCAGGCCGAUAGCCCGGAGAUCCUCGAUGGCUCCUCCACCACGGGUUCGGCUCCUUUGGACGAGACUUCGGCGGCAGCGUCGGCGUCGGGGGCGACAGCAGCUUCUGGCGGAGAUCAGUCCCAGAUCCAGACCCCGACGGCGGCUGGCCUGGAUGUGCACAGGUCCAGUCUCACCGGCAUGCUGGCCCAGGGCAUCAAGCGGCAGGCCAGCAACCUGGACAUUCCAGGCAUUGUGUCGUCGUUGACUGGCAGUGGGCAGCAGAUGAACUCCAAGAGCCUGCCGCCCAGUCCCCAGCACACGCCAUCGCGAAAAUCGUCGAUAGUGGAGGAGGCGGCUCCUGGUCUGAACCAGAAUCCCUUCGAGAGCGUCACCCAGCACCUGGAGGCUCUGCCAUUGGACUGCCCGGAACUCAGCUUCGAGCAGGUGAUCGUCAUCACCGAGCCCAUCAUUCGGCACACCCGCAACGAGGAUCUGAUGAACCUGGCCAAGAGCACCAGCAAACAUUUAUACGUUGGCUUUCCGCCCGACGAGCGAGUGGCCAAAAUAAACGAGUUGCUUACGAAACUGAAGGUGGCUCUGGACGCCGAAACCGAGGGCUACACCCAGAUGAACGACGCCGAGAAGGCCACGGAGUCGUCGCCCUGGAAGUCGGAUAGAUCGGACGAGCGGGUCCAGGCCCUCAGCAUCAUCAUGCUGUACCUGUGCACGGGUCUCCAGCACGCCCAGGGAGUGGUCCUGCAAUAGAGCACUGCGGAUGGAGCGGGUCCUACGCUGGGUUCUACGAAAUGUCAAUGGCUAAAUACUUGUGUAUUCGGUGAACUCGUACAUAAUCUUAAGUAGUAGACUGGAAAUGUGUUAGUGAACUAAUGGGCAUUUUUAAUUCGUGUUGUGGCAUACUUACCUAGAA